AUGCAACAACACUACACUGACAACCUACUUGAACAAGAGAAGCACAUACUACAGGAGUUAGAGAAAUGGUCUUUAAUGAAAGAGAGCAUUCUGAAGCAAAAGUCAAGGGAAAAAUGGAUCACUCUAGGUGAUGCUAACACUAAGUAUUUCUCUGCUAUUAUGAAAGAAAGAAGCCACAGGAAACAGAUUUUGGAGAUUACAACUAUGGAUGGAUGGAAGCUAACUACUCCUGCUAGCAUCAAGAAGACAAUCAAUAAAGAGAUUAUGCAAAAUGGUCCCAAGCUCACUCAUGAUCAACAACUCAGCUUAAUUGCAGAAGUCUUAGAGAAGGAGAUAUAUGAAAGUCUAUGUGCUAUCCAUGAGGACAAGGCUCUUGGGGUUGAUGGCUAUAAUUCAUGCUUCUUUAAAACGGCAUGGCCUAUAAUUAAACAAGAGAUAGUGAAAGCAGUCCAGGAGUUUUUCAUUACUGGUAGGCUCUACAAAGCUAUAAAUUGCACAUCAAUCACCCCUGUCCCUAAAGUGAUGGUAGAACUGGGAUUUCCUAGUAGGUUUCAACAGUGGGUGCUAGCUUGUGUGAAAACAGUGAGCUACUCUAUUAUUAUAAACGGGGAACCUUCAGAGCCAUUCCCAGCAGCUAAAGGGUUGAGGCAGGGAGAUCCUAUGUCUCCUUUCCUUUUUGCAAUUGCUAUGGAGUGCUUGAGCUGA